ACAUUGGGGCAGGAAGUUUCUUGUUUAUAUGGGCUUCCAGAUAAUCCCAAUGGGUUCUCAUUUUUCAUGAGAUUCUGGAGGCUUCUUGCCACUCACUGUAGGCUUCUCUGAUGUAGUUAUAUUCAUAGAUCUAUGGUGGUUCGAUGACAGAACGUCGCGGUUGGCUGGUGUUGGAAGUAGAGGGAAGGAUAUCAAGCGUCCUACUAGUGAGGCGGCUAGCUGGUAGGAUGGAAAUAGGGUACAGCAGCAGCGGAGAUGGUGGCUCUGCUGCGGUAAGUCUUGCCGGAGCGAGGCCACGUGAGAAGACGACGUCAGCAGGACACGUCAGCAGGCUACGUAAGUACGUCAGCAGACCACGUCAGCAGGCCACGUCAGCAGGCCACGUCAGCAGGCCACGUCAGCAGGCCACGUCAGCAUUGCCACGUCAGCAGCAAGGGAUACCACAUCAGCAGGCACCGGUUUGGUCUAUGCUGUUGCGUUCACAGACAGCAGUCAUGGACCAGAAGGCCGGGGAAACUGACGAGGCCUAUCAGGCCCGCAUGUUAGCCUGGAGUACCGAGACAAAGAAGCGGGCAGAUGACGCUGCCGCAGCAGCCAAGAAAAGGGCAGAGGAUGCCGAACAGGCACGUCUGCUGGCCGUGCAACAACAGCGCCAGCACGACGAGGCAGCAGCAAGGGCUGCUGACGAAGAAAGAACACAGCGUCGUAAAAAGAUAUUCACCGGAGAGCAGGCGUUACUUACCAUGGCAGCAGAAUGGCGAAGCGAGGCCGAGAACAACCAGUUGGAGGACAGCGCAAACAAGAUAGCGAUCCUCCUCUCGCAUCUCACGGAUCUCCUGGCAACCUGCAUUACACAGCAGGCAGAGAUCCUUGGUCUCGACAACUCGGUAGCUCAGCUCCAAGACCGCCUUCAGCGGGUGGAGCAGCGACCAGUCGCCGCCGCCGACGCAGGUUCUUCCAAUACUGCCGACCGCCUCACCGCAUCGGAGAUGCACGUCGGCUCCCUCCAGGAUGGCGCACAGUUACAGCAGACCGUGACGCAACAAUUGCAGCAGCGGAUCUGCACUACCGCCACCACCUCGAGUCCGGAGCUGCACGAGACAGCUCCUAAGUUUGGGCAAGAGAUCUUCCACGACUCAAUCAAGACAGAUCCGAUUCCAUGGUUUCGCAAGUUUGAGCUCACGCUGCAGCUCCACAACGUCAAGGAAAACAAGCACCACGCUUACUUGUACUCUCGCUCAAGGGGCGCGUGUCAGGCGUGGUUGGACAACUUGUUGUCCAAGUACGGAGUGGUAGCAGCGGACUUGCACACCAUGAUCAGCUGGGAUGAUCUGAAGGCGGCGUGGCACAAGCGGUUCCAGGUGGAGCCGCCAGAGAUCAAAGCCAUGGACAAGUUUUUGGUUUUCGAGCAAGGCUCGCUGCCGAGUACGGACUGGAUCGCCGAGUACCAACGCUUGACGUCAGUCCCAAACAUCCAGAUGGGCUUCAAGGCCAUCCACCACUAUUUCAUCUCAAACGCAGGUUUGCCCAUUGAAAGGCAAGGGCAGACAGGGAAACUGAGCACCGCCGAGAGUGACGCGACGACACUCUCGACGCCUUCGGAACUGGUUUCUUCGCGAGUGACCAACCUUCAUUCUGAGGCGCACGCGGAAGUCGACAGUCCUCCGCUUCUAUUUUCUUUUGAGGACUAUGCUGCCUGGCUCGUUCCAACGCUGGGUACUCAAGCUCAAGGACAAGGAGUGUGUGCGGUUUCUUCUCCGUCCGGCAACAACGACAUAUCGUCUUCAAGUGAUUCAUCACGGGAUUCGGCACGCGAGUUCAAGAUAGAGGUUUUGGACCUGCUCACGUCUGAGGACUUUGCAUGGCUUCCUCUCCCGACCACAGGCUGUUUGUCGGGACCGCAAUGCGCAACACUAUGCGCUCAUCUCCACACUUACCUUUCCUUCUAUGCACCACCAACUUGGCCGACGGAUGACGAAGUCGCGGUGGGGGACAUCCUGGCAUACGUUACCAAGGUGGUCCGCGAGUUUCGCACGCAGCGGUACGAUAACAACAAUGCACCGCUCAUGUAUGUCCGCAUCCAGGUUGGGCAAGCGUCCUGCAGCGCUUUGCUGGAUAGCGGCGCGASUCGCAACUUCAUGAGCCAGUCUUUUAUGCAAAGAGCUGGCCUUGGCGCACAAGUUCGGAGAAAGGCAAACCCGACGGCGAUCAAGUUGGCGGACGGAAAGACGCAACAACUACUUGACCGUUACAUCGAGGCCGUACCGGUCUACUUCGCACCUCAUGCAUGCGAACCGGUGACGUUCGAUAUUCUCAACACGGACUUCGACAUCAUUCUGGGAAUGCCUUGGCUUGCAAGUGCGGAUCACACGGUCAACUUCCAUCGGCGGACUCUUAGCAUUCGCGACGCCUUCGGUGCGGAAGUGGUGUGUACAAUUUCUCUACCGCACUCUUCGAUCCGGUGCCAAGUGGUGACGGCCAAAUCAUUCCGGGCGACUUGUGCUUACGAGCAGCCCGAGGAAAUCGACAUAUGUUUCCUACGGACCGUCGCGGUAGCCGACUCUUCACCCACGGACUUGUCUUCAAACCCCCGUGUGGUACGGUUGCUGGACGAGUUCGCCGACAUCUUCCAGUCACCUACCGGUGUGGUGCCGGGUCGGCCUAUCUCUCACGAGAUCAUUCUUGAGCCCGGUGCCGUGCCGCCGAAAGGUUGCAUCUAUCGGAUGAGCGAGGAGGAGCUUGAGGUACUCCGCGCACAACUCGAUGAUUUGUUGGCCAAGGGCUGGAUCCGCCCGAGUAGCUCCCCAUAUGGAGCACCAGUUCUCUUCGUCAGGAAGAAGAACAAGGAUCUACGAUUGUGUAUCGACUACCGCAAGCUCAACGUGCAAACCGUCAAGAAUGCGGGGCCUCUUCCUCGCAUCGACGAUCUUCUCGAGCGACUGGGCGGUGCGAAGUAUUUUUCCAAGUUGGAUUUGAAAUCAGAAUAUCAUCAAAUCUCGAUUCAGCCAAACGAUCGCUACAAAACCGCAUUCAAGACGCGCCGGACAUUGGAGGAUCAUAUUGGACAUCUUCGACGAGUGUUGGAGACGCUCCGCCGUGCCAAGUACAAGGCCAACCGCGACAAGUGCGAAUUUGUCCGGCAAGAGCUGGAAUACUUGGGCCAUUUUGUCACACCGGAGGGCAUCAGUCCGCUAUCGGACAAGAUUCAGGCCGUCCAAGAGUGGCCGGAGCCUCGGAACGUCACGGAUGUCCGCUCGUUCCUCGGUCUUACCGGCUACUAUCAGCGCUUCAUCAAAGGCUACUCCAAGAUCACUGCCCACUUGAACAAGCUUCAGUGCAAGGAUCGGCCGUUUGACUUUGGAGAGGAGGCGCGAGGAUCAUUCUUCGCUCUCAAAGCCGCGCUAUUGUCUGCGGAGGUCUUGCGAAUCUACGACCCGCUCGCGCCUACGCGUGUCACUACGGAUGCGUCAGGCUAUGGCAUUGGUGCAGUCCUCGAGCAACAUGAUGGUGUGGACUGGCACCCGGUGUUGGAGGAGGAGAGGGAUCAUGAGGACGAGGAGGACAACGAGUAUGAAGAAGAAGAGGAGGAGGGGGAGGAGGAGGAGAAAGAAGACGAGGAGGAGGAGGAUGCCACGGCGAUGGAGGAGGAAGAGGAGGAAGAGAAGGGGGAGGUGGACACCACGACGAUGGACAAGGAGGGGACGGGAGGAGGAGGAGGGGGAGGAGUAGGAGGAGACGGAGGAGGAGGAGGACAAAGAAGAGGAGGAACGAAAAGAAGAGGAGGAGGGCACGGCAAUGGAGGAGGAGGAGGAAGAAGAGGAUGUGGAGGACGGGGUGCAGGAGGAGGAGGAGGAGCAGGAGGAGGAGGAGGAGGAGGAGGAAGAAGAGGAGGAGGAGGACGAGGACAAGGAGAGGAGGUGGAGGAGGAGAAGGACGACGAGGACGGUGAAGAGGAGGAGGAGGAGAAGGAGGAAAAGGAGGAGGAGGAACAAAGGAAGGAGGAAGAAGAAGAGAAGGAGGUGGAGACUGAAGUGCGAAAGGGAGAAAACGAAGAGGAGGAGGAGAAGAAGAGGAGAGGCGGAUGGAGGAGGAGGAGGAGGAGGUGGCUAACCUGGCACUCAACGACGAUGGCACCGUGUAGCCGAAGCUGGGUCGUAAAGACCCCGGUUUCUCUGGGUGGAGUCGUUCUUUCGCUGGUCGAAGCGGAUGGCAAGGGCGACUUGCUUGAUGUUGAUAGCCAGAACCAGGUUGAGAGCAGUGAUACUUUCCCGGGCGCGUCAAAUCGAACGUACUUGGACGAUGUGGGUAUCAUCUCCACCUCAUUCCCCUCUGCGCCACCAUCCGGGUUCGAACUCCGCAACAUAGCGCAAAACCCCAAAACAGGAGUGAUAACCUUAGACAUAGUGUAUGACGGAACGAAGCCUUUAGCAUCGAAACUGCACCCUGCUCAGAAGAAACCGGAGAAGGUCUGCCCGAAGAAUAUGGAGCUUCUUUCGGAGAUCUAUGCGGAGAUCCCGGCAAGCGAUCCGACGGGCAUGCUGACAAAGAUGAAGCUCAAGACUGUGGGCUUUGUGACAGAACUAGAGGUGGAAGCCGACAUUUCACACCCUCAUCCUGGGGAUUUGCGGAUCGAGAUCGUCUCUCCUGAUGGUAUAUCGGCUGUUGUCUUCAACGGGUUAGUCGACGGUGAUACUCUGUUGCCAACGCCGAUGCAGCCAGAGGUCAUCACAGGCACUUUCAAGGUCCAAGCCAAUUCCAAGUCGAUGCCCACCAUGAAACCGCUGAUCGGUGUGCAAAGCCGCGGUCAGUGGGCUCUCCGUGCCAUCAACCUAUCUCCCAACCAAGGAGCCAUCCUCCAAUCAUGGCGAUUAAUGGUCACAGCGUCCCCGCAGUCUAAGGUUGUGCAACAAUCGGCGUCCCCGCGGCAAUGGAUCAAGGAUGCAAAUGGGGUGGGAAGCACAAUCGAGGUGAGGGAGAUCGGGUGCGUGAAGUCGGUAAAAGUGAAGCUUACGAUCAGCCACAAGGCAGCUGCCCAAAUCCAUGCCAGUCUGGUGGCGCCGUCGGGUGAGCUGGCACACCUAUGUCCCAACGGUAUGACGGGCGGCAAGAAGGGUACCGUCACCGUCUCUCUCGACUCCGUUCACUCGGUGGAACUUUUCCCUUUAGUCGGAAGUAAUGCGAACGGGAAGUGGCUUGUUCUCGUGACGGACGAAGUGGGAAAGGGUACCAGCUGCUUGGACUCUUGGAGCCUUCAGCUGGAGACUGUCCCGCCAACAAUCGCCCACUAAAAGCCGAUCGCGUCGAUCCAUAAAUGAACGGAUAGACGCAUUCGUCUGCGUCUAUAGAAGCUUCAACCGACCGAAAAAGGGGGUAGGGUUACCACAGUGCUACCACUCUGUACAUUGCAUCGCAUGCAUACCUUGAUGCUAUUCCCCUAGUGAUUUGAGAUUUGUCCUAGUUCCUUUGGGGGAGGACGAGACGCCCCUUUGCAUUCCCCUGCCUCCCCUUAUUCACUGUGCGACGGAGAAGUUGGGCAUGAUGUUCCGACACCGAAGCAGAUUGUCAUCAGCCAUGCAGCAUCAUGCUCUUGACGAUGAUGAUGAUACAUGUUGGAAGGCCUCUGCAACCUUCAGGAAUGAACCCACCCCUUUUUUCAGGAAUGGACCCACCCCUAUGGUCCAACAUUUUGCUAGAAAUAGAAAGAAGAGGGGUCCAAUAGAAAUAGAACUUGGCCCUAUGUUCAGGAAAGGACCCACCCCCACUGUCGAACAGUGUGCUAGAAAUAGAAAGAGGGAUUGGACCAUAGGGGUGGGUCCAAACUUGAAAGUUGUGCUAGAGAUAGAAAGAAGAGGAGAGCGAUUGGAUGACGAACGCUGCUGGUUAUGCAGUAAACAUCGUCUUGAUUGUACAUGUUGUAACUGCAUCUCCAUGUUGACGGAUGGAUGGAGAACGAGAGGAGAAUGUCGCGCAGUCAGUCUGACAGAAGAGAAGCAACGAUGGGAAAGGUUUGUCCAAAAGUGAGGAGCAUGAUUAUCAAGGGAGGGACAAGUCUUUAGGAGGAGGUCUACAUGAUGGAUGACAUCCAAGAGGCACCAGACUAGGCUUCUCGCGACUUCGCAUGCGCUUGAGUAGAGUUUACCCCCGCUCGUUUACUCUUCAGGAUGUGUGAAUGUGCUGCAUGUAGAGAUGCCCAGAUGUAAUUGUGUACCUGGGUGCUCUCCAUGAGCACUGUAAUUUUUGGCAGCAUUUUGUUCAGCUGGUUAAGUUAAGCUGAAGCAGCAACAGCAGAUUAAGCAGCAGCAGCAGCAGCAGUAGUAGUAUCGGCAGCUCAUAUCGAUGGAGUCGCUUGGGAAGUGAUUCAAUUGUCAUUUUUGAAUUAUCAAUAACAGGGAGUUAGUAUGCUGAUGUUUAGUGGCAUGGGGACAUAGUAGUGACAUGCUUGCAGUUUUCAGAUGCGAUGCGAAACUUUCUGUCGUAAGAGAGGCGAAGUUUUCUGUCGCAAGGACUCCGACGAGGGGCGAAAUUUUCCGGCGUUAAGGACUUGUAACAUCUUUCGGACACAUGACGGACAGCGAUUAUAUCGACGAAGAAUUGAAUCGCACGAAAAGUUGCGUUCUUGCGCGCAUGUACUUUGCUCGCCGCUCGGUGGAUCGGUGCAUUCGGGAGUAUGCUGCAUCACUAGAAAAGAACCCAGACUGCUUUUUUUUUGUUUUGCUGAACGGAGGAAUCUUGGAGCGAGUGCACAGCGAAAAGGAACAGCAUGUGGAGUUCGCUUGCCCUUUUUUUUUUUUCUUUUUUUUUUUGAAUGUUUAUGAGAACUAAUCUCUAUUAUAUGCUCCAUAUUAUGCACAGACGGAAAAGGACGUCGGAGAAAGUCGCCUUGGAACUGUCUAUGUUUGGAGCUCACAGUUUGAUCACCUGAGGCAAGUAGUAGAGAGACAGCAUGCGUUAGUUGCGCUCGCGCAUACGUCGACAGACAGGCAAGUUUCUCGUUCGGAGAGAGUGGAGAUACACACAAGUUGGAGGCUUGAUAACGCCGAGAGGCGUGCAAAUCGUAGGCUAAAUGUGUGGUGAUUCGAAGAAAAGAAUCUCUUCAGAAGCAGAUUUAUACUUGCUCACGAAGAACGAGCGGCGGAUAUACCGGAGGAGUUGCUUGCUCGGCAAUUGGAAGAGAUACACAUAUUACUAUGCAAGUUGGACGGUAAGUGCAUGGCAAUAACCACAA